AUGGAUACCUUUGUUUUCUCCAUGGCACCGUCAUCUGCAAUCAUUGAUUCGUUCAUGGCUGCAUAUGUUUGGAAACGCGACGACAUUGUGGAGUUGAGAACAAGAGCAGGUUCAAGUGGUUAUCAAGGUCACAAAGAUUGGGCAGGAUUCAAAUACAUGUUGGGUAGCGCUCACGUUGCAGCAAAAGCAACAACACGGUCCAUGCAUGAGUACUCUCCUGCUCGUCAUUGGCCUGGAGCGCAAUGUCUAGACCCAGAGUCGGACAUAGCACUUCCUGGAGAAACGACUGGGGUGACGAGCAGCUACUAUGGAUGUAGUGACCAAGCGACAUUCGGUACUCCUGCUGUCAAGGUCUCCGCGACGAGGCCACGGCUCAUGACCACAGAGACUUGCCAGCUGACCGAGUCAGAUCAGACUCCAGAGUGGAGCGUUGCCAAGUCUGUCCGCUCCACUGCCCAAAAUGAAUUUGAAGACCUCAACACCAAACCCCGCGUCUUCGUGCAGCACACUACUCCAGCCUGCUCUUGGUACGGAGCACUAUGGCUCUUCGGUCCAUACUCCCUCGAAGAUGGCCUAGCCAGGCUUGUGCAACAACAAGGCUUGCGGCUUGAUGGGCGUGGGCGGGAGGUCCCUCUUCCGUCCGGACGGAUCUGUCUGCUCCCUGCUUAUCAGGAUUCGAGAGUCUUCGUCAGUCCGUCCCGCCUGAAAUGGAUAUCUAAGCCUCUUGAUAUGCUGAGUGAUGGACAAUCCAAAUCCCGAGCUUAUGCUUCUUCGGUACUGCUCACCGUGGGUCCUGUUGUGCCUCUUUCUCAGCGUGGACCUGAAUGUCCCGAAACUCAGCGAGAACUGCUUGGCACAUCUUGGCGCUGUAGAUCGCUUUGCCUCCUUGCUGCCUUGGCCCUAAUGUCAACAAUCGGCGACGAGUCCUGGAUCUCUGGGCGCACGGUGAAAAGCACCGCUGACGCAGAGCUUGUCGCACCCCACACGUCAGUAUCUUCGCUGUCUAAUUGGCCAUGUUGA